AUAAUAAAACACAUAAAUAAAAUUGGAUUCAUAUAAAAGAAAAUUCAGAGUUUUUUUUGAAAAUUUUUUGAUAUAUAUUAAGAAUGGAUAAUAAAGGAGAUAAUCAACAGACAACAGAAUCAGCUGAGGAUGAAUUAAAGGAUAACGAAGCGGACGAAGAGUCACACAACGAACAACUCAAGAAGCAUACAAAGAAUACGGCUGUCGCAAACAUAAGAGAAGCUGAGAAGCGCGAUGAUACGGAAACAGACGAAGAAGACAGUUUACAUAUUGUUUCAAGCAUAAAAGAGUUCAAGCGACCAACGCCACUAGUAACACUCGUAGGCACACAUACUACUGACACAGCUACCGACUCAGUAUGUAGUGCAGAGAGCAAUGAGAGAAUGAAGGAAGCGGUUAAUUUGGAGCAUAUUAUGGAAAAUCUCAAUAUGCCAAUGCCAUCCACUAGCAAAGUGGUCGAAAAUGUGCGCGAAUAUGUCAAACAAAUCGAAAGACGUAUAGAGGAUGUUGAGAGUUUAACAAGCCUCUCGCCUACUAUCCCACAGGCGAGCGCAGCCGAAAUUAUUGACAUGCCAAUGGAGACACUUAAGUUGGAGACCAUCAAAGAUGCAUCUAAAUUAAGUUUCACCAGCAAAGUCAGCAAUGAGUAUAGCACCUUUGAAGAAGUCGAACGUCUGGCGCACGAAGAGGUGGAUCGCAUUGUGGCUGAGAAUAUUUCGCCGACAGUGAAACGAAUUGCUGAACGCCAUGACUUCCAGCAGGUGGAGCGUGAAAAUCAGGAAAUUGCCGAGCGCUUUAAGCAAAUAAUGGAAAUGUUUGAUAGCUUCACUAAAAAUUUGGAGAGUCUGGAAAUGCCGGGCCUGCAGCAGAGCGAAGAAGUUGCGGAAAGUAAAGCAAUGCCACUGCGUAGGCGUUUGAGCUUUAAAAGUGCGGCUAACACGGAACCAUAUUCCGCUGGUACCGCUAGUGGCAUUGGAGCAGCAGCUGGUAGUAAUGUCUAUAACGAGUUCUAUUUAGAAGUGCAUGGUGAGUGCAAAGAGGAUUUAAAAAAAGGGGAAACCAUGAAGCCCACACUUGCAGUCAAGCAAACGGUUGAAAAUGGCUUGGAUCCAAUGUAUCGUGAUAUGGCUACCACCGUCAGUGGUUUGGAGUUGCUCGAUGAAAGAGCGGCACGUACAACCAACUCGUCUCCAUUUGCCAUGAGCGCACAACCAACACAAAGUCUCACCACCAUUGGCUGUCAAACAGCAUCAGCUUUUUUUGGUGGGCGUAUGACACCGUUGGCCAGCACCUCAUAUAGCCAACUUACCUCAUCGACUGCGAAGGAGAUCUCGCCAACAGAGGAUGACAUUGUCAACGAGUUUAACCUUGAAUCCGUAACAGAACCGCUGACCAGUACAACUGCUGAUAUAGCCACUACUACCUUCUCCGAUGUUACCGAAACCACCGAUAUCACUUCUGCGCAACCGAAAAGUAAAUUUAUCGGCCCUACCGAGCAAUCAGCUAUGGUUAAGAUACGUGAACCUCCGACUAUUAUCGAUUUAACGCAAGAUUCCAAUGCACCGCGUGUAACUUCUAUCGUGACGGAAGCAACUGGACCUACAAACUGCCGCACCACUGAUACUGCUCCCUGUGAACGCACUUACCACACCAUACAUAUCGAGGCGAAUUCUUCGCCAUCCUCCAGUGUGUUGCGGCGGCCGCCACUCUGUACACGUCUCUGGAAUAUCAUCACCGAUUUUUGUGCCGCUGUCUGCCUUUGUCUACAGGUUAAUAAGGAUUGUCUAUUCUGUUUGGGUUUCUUUAUAGCAUUCGUUGUGAGCGCUUCCUUUUUAACGGCUUUCUUCUAUCGUACUUUGAGCAUAAAUCCACACCUACUUCAAGUGCCAGUUGGUUCAUCUAGUUUUGCAAGUCAUGUAAAUUCGUUGCAGAUCACUCAAAAUGAGGGCUCUUAGCACGCAGAGUGAUACACAAAACAAGUUUAAAAUUUUCAAGUGUAUGAAAGCUUAAUGGAGUUUUUACAUUUACGAAAGCUCAAUUAAGCUUUCAUCAUUAACAAUGCAUAAAUGGGCUGAGGCUAAUAACCGACGAAAAAUAAAGGCUUUGAUGAGCUUUUGUGAGCUUCGGUGUGGAUUUCUUGCAACUUCUUUUAUAUUGUUUUUCAAAUCUUCUGGAAAGCUUUUUUGUACCUGUAGGCAUGUAUGUAUGCAUCGAUUGUAAUAUAUAUGUAUGUAAAUGCAGUAUAAAAAUGCGAAUAUAAACUAACUCAUAUUACAAAACGUAAA